AAUGUGUAUGUGGUGCGAGUGUUUUCGUUUUCUUUGCCCGUAUUUGUUGUUAAAUAAAAAAAGCUUGUGCCGAAGUCGCUUUCACACAAAGUGUAACAGUUAAAUGGUUAAAAUUGCACAGUAAUAAACAUUUAAUUACUGCUUUUGCCUGGUACUUAAAACAUUUGGUUAAGGUGGCACCAACACAUAAAACUCGGCCAGACAUUCAUACUGCGCCGCCUCAAAGUGGAGAGCAGGCAAAUUGAACAAAUUGUUGUUUGUAUAAAGAAUAUUGAUAUAAAGGCCAUAGUAGAUUAAUGCGUUACCGUUACCGUUACCGGCGACAUCGAUAUGGCAGUCAAGGUGCAGUUCGAAAUUGGUCACACAUCAAAGCUGCGCAACAAAAAACAUCCGCUGGGCUUCACCCAUGACUGGGAGAUUUAUGUGCAGGGCGUAAAUAAGGCAGAAAUAAGUGCAUUCGUUGACAAGGUCGUCUUUAUACUGCAUAACUCUUUUCCCAAGCCAAAGCGUGUGAUCAAAGAGCCACCUUAUGUCAUACAGGAAUCAGGCUAUGCCGGCUUUAUACUGCCCGUCGAAAUAUAUUUUCGCAAUAGAGACGAGCCAAAGCGCAUUAUGUACCAAUAUGAUUUAGAUCUGCAAAAUUCCGGUCCACCUCGUCAUCGUGUUGAAGUCAAAACUCAUGUUUUUGAGGCUCCUUCAGAGGAGUUUCGCGCAAAAUUGUUGCGUGGAGGCGGAGUGCCGGUGUUUGGUGCAAACGUUGCUGCCGCAAGCACUCUGAAUCGAACGGUGUCACCUAGUGAACCACCAGGAUCAGAUUUAAACGUAGUCAAAGCGAAGGGUGGUAGCAGCAGCAGUAUGGUAAUCGAGUCGGGUUCCACUAAGAAACACAAGUCGCGUACCGAUGAGGGCAAGGCUAGCACAUUCUCAGCACUGUUUGGCUCGCCCAUUACAAAAGGCAGUGCGUCUAGCGCUAAUCUACCGGCAAUAAGUGCAUCCAAACACUCACCAGAUGCUAAGGCACAAACGGGCUCUAGUGGCGGCAAGGUCGGUGCUCACGAUAGUAAAGAUAAGUCAAGUAAGGAGCGCGACAAGUCAAACAGUUCGGACAAACCACGUGACAAGGACAAAAAAGAUCGACAUGGUCGCGACAAAGAACGAAAAUCCGGCAAAUCCGAGAGCAGCAGCAGCAAACACGACAAAGACAAGGAGAAAUCCAAAAAGGAUAAAUCCCGCGACAAGGAUCGCGAACGAGAACGUAGUAGCAGCAGCACGCUUACUGCAGCUGCUAGUGCACUAGUCCGUCGCACUGUCAGCCCUAAGGCCGGUAGUAGAAGCGGCCUAGCCGAAAUGAGUCCUAAAAAGCCCACGGACAGUGCAUCUGGUACACCGAAUGCCCGUUCCAAAGAACGUGACGAGCACAAGUCCACUGGGAAGUCUGAGUCAAAGGACAAAGAGCGCAGCUCAAACAAAAAGUCGAAAAAGGAGAAAAAAGACAAGGAACGUGAACGGGAAAGGGAAAAACAGCGGGAGGAGCGGGAAAAGGAUAAGCGGUCGCUAAAGGACGAGCGUGGACACGGCGACAGUCCGGCCACUGGCAGUAGCAAUAACAUCCAAGCACAACAGGCACAGUCGCAACAAUCUCAAGCCAGCUAUGAUUCUAUGAAGGCCACCGGCAAAGGCACACCCAAUUCGUUGGGCAGCAGCGCAAGUACUAGUAGUAUGGCCUCUAGCAUUGGUAAACGAACUUAUGACAAGGAUGAGCUGACGGUGCCGGCGCAAAAAUCACCUGCUGCAACAACAAAGGUCGCCGAAAAAGUCGCCGAAGGCAAAAACGAGAAAUCAACGAGCAGCAAUAGCAAUGGCACCGCGGACAAGAAAUCGCACAAGCACAAGAAGAAGGAUAAGAGCAAAGACAAAGAAAAGGAUAAGGAGAAAGACAAGGAUCGCAGCGAGCGCGAUAAGGAUAAAGAUAAGGAGCGCGACAAGGACAAGCCCAAGGAUCGCGAGAAGGAUAAGUCACAGCAGCAACAGCCAAAUGCAUCGGAUAAGUCGACAAUAGUAGCAACAGCAGCGGCUGCAGGAACUACUGAAGCAUCUCCGAAGACAGAACUGAGUGGUCAGCAGCAGGCUGAACCCAGCGUUGACAAAUCAGCGUCGGUGACCAGCAAGAAAGAGAAACACAAAAAAUCGAAAGAUAAAACCGGCAGCAAAGAAGAGAAACGACAACGUGAGGCUGACAGUAAGCAUAGCAAUAAGCAGGGGUCGACACCCACAUCUGGCUCAACAGCUGGAGCGGCACACACGCCAAUUAAGGGAUCAAGCAAUUUGGAUUUGAGUGACAUGGACUCGGCACAGUCGGCUCCAGACUUGGCAGCCACCAGUGCCUUGGCGGCGGCAACAGCUGCAACACUGCAGCACUCAGACAGCUCAAACAGUAGCUUUCCUGAUUUGCCAGCGAAGAGCAGUCAACAGAAGAGCUCAAUGGGUGCGAAAAGCGGCCAGAAUAGUGCAAAGGAUACCAAAGCGACGGAUAACGGGGGAAAAGAGCAAAAAGUCAAGUCAAAGCUAGCCGAAAAGUCAGAGAAGGCAGAAAAAAUGGACAAGUCACCGGACGCCAAGGCAGAGAAGGUUGAAAAGGCGGAGCUUAAAGAUGAAAAGAAACGCAAUCGACGUAACUCACAAAACAGCAAUAGCGGCAAUAACAGCACCACCUUCAUUGAGCCAGCACUGAAGUCAACAAAGAAAGAGCAGGCAGCAAGUAAAUCUGCGCGCGAGAAGUCUAAGUCGCCGUCCCUGCGACAAGGGACAGCUGCAGCAGCAGCUGCAGCGUCAGCCAGCAGCAAUAGCAUCAACUCCUCGCCGAGUAGCCACAACAACAGCAACACUUGUCCAGCUAUAAACAACAGCAAUAGCAAUAAUAGCAGUCAUUCACCUGCGGACACACUGAAUCAACCGAUGAGUGGAGCCGGCAACAGCACGCCUCUGCCCACAGAAUAUCUGAGCGAACUUCAGGAGCUGCAUCACAAGAUAAUGACGUUGCAGGACAACGAAGAGCUGCAGCAGGUUGUCGAAAUGAUCGCUGCCACCGGCUGCUACGAGAUCACGCACAAAACCUUUGACUUUGAUCUAUGCAAAUUGGAUCGGGGCACCGUGCAGCGGCUCCAAGAGUUCCUGGCGACGUCCGUAUCGUGACACAAAAUGGGAUCAACGGGCACAUCAGCGGCCACAGCAGCUUAUAGCUAAGCAAGAUGUACAUUCAUCAUCUCUCAUGCACUUAACCAAAUAAUCAUUACAAUUACAAUUAGUUAAAGCAACAGAAAUGCAAUACGAAUGUCCCUAAAUUUUAGACACACCCCAAGUUCUAUUGGCUACGUGUAUAUUGGUAUUACGUUUUUCAUGGCCAUUUUUCUGGUUAGCUUAUAAGUUUUUGAUGAGUGCGGGUAUUUCAAAAGCCUAUGCCGUAAAGUAUGCGAUACUUUUUAAGCACACACAGACACACACACAUACAGAUAGACCCCACCCUUAUAGUGCAAGGCUAUCUUUUUAGAAAUACUAUAUACAAAAUUAAUUUAGCAAUCAUAACUAUAAUGUCCCGUUUCCAUCUUAAUGUAGAUUAUCUUAUUACCCUAGUUUCCUA